CCUGCUUUCCUGGUCUACUAGCAUUGUGAAUCCCUUCAAGAAGCACUUCCAUCUGAGGUUUUGGAGUUCGCCAGUCCUAGUCAUCCCAUUGAGCAACCCUAAUAGCAGCUUACCAAACCUCCUCUAAAUUAUCCACAAUUUUGUUUUCUUGAUCUCCUAAGUAUGGCGCGCUCGAGUGCUUCCAAGCUCGCCCGGGUCGCCUACCGCAGCUUGCAGAGCAACCGGAUCGCUCGCACCAGCCUCCCAGGCAUCUCCUCUGUACCGACGUACCUGCGCCCCGCCUCCAGGUUUCCGGUUGCACCGUCAGAUCGCCGUCAGAUCUCGAACAGUACCGCCCGAAACGUGAUCACUCCGGAUGGCCAAAACCCGGAGAAUGUCGAGCCUACCAAGGUCACCAUGACGGCGGCCGAGCUCACCGAUGCCGAGUAUCACGCACUCGCGGAUACAUACAUGGACAACCUCCUCAACCGUCUGGAGGAGUUACAGGAUCAGCGGGAGGACGUUGACGUGGAGUACUCGUCCGGUGUCCUGACCCUUUCCCUCGGGCCCGAAGUCGGCACAUACGUCAUCAACAAACAGCCGCCCAACAAGCAGAUCUGGCUGUCGUCGCCAAAGACGGGUCCAAAGCGCUACGACUAUGUCGUCGUAGGCGAGGGCCAACAUGAGAAGCAGGACACAGCGACAGGUAAAUGGGUAUACCUUAGGGACGGGACGAGCUUGAACGACCUGCUCGCGGAAGAGAUCGGGGUCGACCUCGACGUCUCCGAGACCGAGCUUAGCUAGAGGCCGAAGGAGAAGUUUUGGGCCCGGUCUUCAGGAGAAUUCAUUCACCCAGAAGCCUCUCACUGAAGUGUGUGCCUGUAUGUAUUUCUAGGUCGGUUUAUGUUCAGCGAACGACAGCGUUCGACUACGAUGGGAUGAGGCUAAUUUGCUGGCUGGGCGGAGUACCUACCUAAGGUAGGCUUUGGGCGGUCUAGGAGUCUGGUGUCGCAACGUGUAUGGUAGUGUGGUUCAGCACUCAUGCUUCAGGGACGGUGUUGCCACAAUGGGUUUGGGGCAACUCGCUAUUCGGCGUUCAAUGGUACCUCCGUCUGCUUCAAAGAAAGUCAAUACAUGUUGUUGUCAUUGCUAAA